AUGUCUUCUGAAAAGCAUGACAACCCUUUCAUUUUUGGUCGAGUGUUGUUACUGGACUGGCAAAUUCUAGCAUUUAGGACCAGCCAGGGGGAUCCUGAAUUUGCUGAUCAUGCAGUUCUCUUAAAGAUGCCUGGGGCAGCAUGGAGUAAAGAGUAUACACAGCAGGUUUGCAGCCAUGGUAUAUGCGGUGAGCGAACAUGGAUGGUUGCUGGAAGUGGCAUGCGGAGGUACAUGAAAGCCAUAUGUGGUGUCACACAAUUUUCUCCAAACGAGCUCAGGCUGCCAGGGGUUCAAGCUAUCCAGCCACCUGUAAAAGGUGGACGACACUGUUCAAUUUUCUAUCAGCGAUACUCACAUCUUCUCCGAGUUGUCCCCUUUAAGCUCUUUAUUUCAUUAUUAGCAGCUUUAGUGGUUCAGAAGGGUCCAAGUCCCUGCUCCACUUUGUCAGGUAUCCUUGGGCCCAAGCUCGAGCUUGCAAAUAAACCCUCCUGCGUUUGCCUCAGUAUCGGCUCCUUGGUGGUCUCUCAGAUUCGAAAUCAGGGGCAUUACAUUUGGGGGCUCGUCCGGGAUUCGAGAGACCCCCAGGACCCCACCCAGAGGGUCCCACAUCUGGUCAAGGCCAUAAUCUUCAAGGACAAACCAGACGGCCACCCUGACCAGGUGCCCUACAUCCUGGUCUGGCAGGACAUGAUUGAAAACCCCCCCUCUUGGCUAAAACCAUUCUUUCCCCCCAAAGUAGGACCUACCAAGAUUCUAGUCCUGUGGAAAGCCGAGAAGGAGACUGAAACAAAGGCCAAAACGCCCCUUUAUCCGGUCUUGCAGGAUUCUUCUCCAGAGGACCUGAUUCAUCUGCUGCCCUACCAGGCUCCCCCUCCCCCUUCCGCCCCUCCAUUGGAAGCACCAGGGGCUGCAGGAGUGGCACCACCCCUCCCUGAUGAAGGAAUUCCUGUGCGCGGGCCAGCAGCAGGGACACAUGGACAGACCCACUGGGCAGCCCCACCCUCAAAUAUGGGGCCGGCCAACUCCACCGCCCUUCCCCUCCAUGCCAUGGGGCCAGACUCCCAUGAGUCUGGAGAACAACCAAUGUUAUAUUGGCCGUUCUCCACCAGUGAUUUAUAUAAUUGGAGAACUCAAAAUGCAAAAUUCUCCGAUAACCCUAAAAAUUUAAUUGGGCUUUUAGAUACUGUUCUCUUUACCCACCAGCCUACUUGGGAUGACUGUCAGCAGCUCUUACAGGUUCUCUUCACUACCGAAGAGAGAGAACAAUUACAGGUGGAAGCUCGGAAGUCUGUCCUGGGAGAGGACAGACAGCCGACUCAAAACCCAGACCUCAUAAGCGCUUCCUUCCCCUUAUCCCGCCCUACCUGGGACUACAACUCGGCUGAAGGUAAGGAGAGGUAUAUGGCCAAGGUAUAUGAUGUAAGACAAGGUAAGGAUGAGAGUCCAGCAUCCUUCUUAGAAUCACAGAGGCUUUUAGGCAGUACACCCCUAUGAACCCAGAAGCUCCAGAAACAAAAGCCGCAAUUAUCAUGGCUUUUGUUAAUCAGGCUGCUCCAGACAUCAAAAGGAAAUUACAAAGAGUGGAGAGGCUAGGAGAGAAGAGCCUACAGGACUUAAUAAUAGUAGCAGAAAGAGUUUACAAUAAUAGAGAAAGCCCGGAGGAGCAACAGACUAAACUAAGAGAUGGGCAGACCCGAAAUUUGGCUAAGAUCCCACUGGCUACAACCAUGGAUAACCCACAGGAAAAACGGAGGCACCUCAAGAAGCUGACUUCAGGGACAGGUAAGGAGGAUGGCCCUGGUCCCUGAUGGGAGCACCCUAAACUAAACAAAAACCAAUGUGCUUAUUGCAAGAAAGAAGGCCACUGGGUGAAAGACUGCCCUAACAAAAUAUCUAAGGCCCCUGCCAAGAUAUUGGAGAUGGAAGACCUGGACAACUAGGGGAGUUGGGGUUCGGUACCCCUCCCCAAGCCCAGGGUAACUCUCAGAGUGGAGGGGCAACCAGUUGAAUUUCUAGUGGACACUGGGGCACAACAUUCGGUCUUAUUACAACCCCAGGGGAAAUUGGCGAGCAAGACCUCAUGGGUUCAAGGGGCCAUGGGGACCAAACAUUACUCAUGGACUACCCGCAGAACUGUGGACCUCAGCAUGGGCCGGGUAUCCCACUCCUUCAUGGUCAUCCCUGAAUGUCCCUAGCCGUUGUUAGGUCAGGACUUGCUCACCAAGAUGGGGGCACGAAUUUGCUUCCACCCCAGAGGGGCAAAAAUCCUAGACAAAGAAGGGCAACCAAUUCAGGUGCUUGUCCUGAGUUUGGAAGAUGAAUAUCGUCUCCACCAGAUGCCCCCAGUCCCAAUGACUGACAUUGACUGUUGGCUACAGGAAUUUCCUCAGGCAU